AUGGCUCCCGCCAAGCUCCUCAUCGGGCUGCUGGCCUCCGCGGGGGCGUCCCUGGCAGGCGCUGACGACUGGCGCAUCGGGAGGGGCAGCUUUUACGGGAACGAUGCCUGGCCCAUCCACAAGGGCAACUGCGGCUUUGGCUACAUCAGCGAGGACCAGCCCGCGGGCUGGGACGUGGUGGCGCUGUCGGACCAGUUCCCAAAUUAUUCUGGCAGCUGCGGGCGCUGCUAUGAGGUAGCCUGCAACCCGGCAGUGGUCAAAGACGGCUACGGCAAGAAGUUUGACCGCACCAAGGUGUGCUUCGACCCAAGCGCCUCCCUCCUGGUUCGAGUGGUGGACUCCUGCCCCUGCAACUACCCAGCCAACUGGUACAGCAACAAGCGGUGGUGCUGCGGGGACAUGGACCACAUGGAUAUCUCGGUCUGGGCCUUUGAGAAGCUGGCAGACAAGAAGUGGGGGAUGAUUGGUAUCAAGUACCGCCCUGUGCCCUGCAACUUCGUGCCCGACAACCCGGCCCCCAAGGUGUCCAACCCCACGCCAGGCCAGUACUGGUCCGGCCAGCCGAACUUCAUGGACACAGGCGACCUGAAGACCCCAAAGAUCUGGAACGGGCAGCAGACGCAGCACAUGGUGCAGGGCUGGUCGUUCGGCGACCCCACAGGCAGCAGCAGCAGCGCCAAGGCCUCCUCCUCCUCCUCCGGCACAUCCGCCUCUGCGAGCGCCUCUUCCAAGAGCAGCGCCUCCUCCUCCGCCACCGCAUCCGGCAGCGCCUCCUCAUCUUCUUCCAGCUCCAGCUCCAGCAGGAGCGGCUCCUCCUCCUCAUCAUCAUCAUCCAGCUCCUCAUCUAGCACUCAGGCAGAGACCUUGGCAGUGCACGGCUUUGACGGCCAGCCCGACGCAAACGACGGCAGCGGCACCAAAACCUCCUCCUCCUCCUCUGCCGCCGCUUCCGCCUCCUCACGCGGCUCCGGCGGCGGCAUGCUGAUCUUCCAGGAGCAGCUGCAGAACGGGUGGCAGGAUGCCAGCUACAGCGCCAGCGUGGACUGGGCGGCGGGCCGCUUCGGCGUGUCUGGCGGCAACGCGGUGUGUGCGGAGGUUUGGGGCGGCGGCGCGCUGGCAGUGAAGCACGCCAAGGGCGCCUUCCAGGGCGUAGAUACGCUGGAGUGGUGGGUGAAGACCGACGGCGGCAGGCCCGCCCUCUCUGUCAACCUGGGCGGCGGCUCGAAGCGCUGCUCGCCCCUGUCCCUGCCCUCCCUCAAGGUUCUCAGCAGCAGUGGGCCCUGGUCCAGGUUUGCCGUCCACCUGGGGGACUUUGGCGGCAGCUACUCCGAGUUCAACGGCUGCGGCGGCAACGGCUGGUACGACCUCACCACCCUGGAGCUCCACAACACGGGCAGCGCCAAGCAGCCCGUCUGCCUGGACGGCAUCCGGCUGCUGGCUGCGCUCGAUGCAAGCUCCAGCUGA